AGUUUACUACCACGGCAUCCGGUGAACUAUCCUCGGCUAACAUCAACACAGGAUAACUUUUACCUUGUUAAUACCUUGCAUGAAACUCGCAAACCUGCACAUCGCUGUUAAAUAUACUGUCGGCUAUAAUUUAGUGUAAUUUAGCUUUCUGUAUUUGUAUAGCUUAGCGGCUGAGCUUCGUUAAUCAAAAUUAGCCGAAGAGCUAUUGACUGGCGGCUGUUGAGUGGAAAUGUUUAAAGCAAAGAUACUCUUUGUUGGUCCUACUGAGAGUGGGAAAACGGUUCUUGCGAAUUUUCUCUCUGACACAACAGAAAACAUAGGAGGAGAAUACAGACCUACUCAAGGAGUGAGGAUACUGGAAUUUGAAUUACAGCCGGGUGGAAGUGGUGACAACAAGACAUGUGAAGUCGAACUUUGGGACUGUUCAGGAGAUUACAAAUUUGAAUCAUGCUGGCCUGCACUCACAAAGGAUUCCAAUGGUGUGGUGAUAGUUUUUAAUCCUGACGUUCCAAGUCACCUCAAAGACAUCGAGACAUGGCAUUCGAUGUUCAUCGCCUCGCAGGGUUUUCACGACAGCCAGAGCCUUCUCAUAGCUCACCACAAACCCGGCAGCGAAGUUGAAGAUGGACGACUGCCUUUAGCGUCGCAACUGAGCAGACUGUUGCUCAUUCACUCCAAUCUAGAAGAGGAGCCAGAGGAUGUGAGGCAAGCCUUCCACAGAUACUUGGGAAAUGUUGUAAAUACAAUGUCAGAGAGUCGAGAGAGAGAGGAGAUGUCCAUCAUUACAUAGCAGGAAAUGAAAUAUUCAUCUUAAUGAAGACAGAUUUUAUUGGUUUCUGAUAUUGUAAGACUCCUUCUUGUAGUCAUGAAAUAUACAUCUUUGCUGUCAGUCAGCCAUGCAUGAAGUCCCCUGCAUAUUUUAAUAUGUCGCUGCAGUUUGACGUCCCCGUUCAAAUUUCUUUGUGAAUAAAAUAUGACCCAGUUCAAAUAAAUAUCAGAGAGGCAGAAAAAAAUCUGUUU